AUGGAGGAUCGAUCGACGGACGGGGUGAUCCACACGAUCGUCACGAUUACACCAGAACGGUGGAUCAAAAUGAAGAAGGUGGACAUCCGCAUUAAUAAUGGAAUUUUUGCCGACCCCCACCACCAAUUGAGCAAUGUCGCCGUGAUUGUUGGGUUCACGUUGAACGCAAAUUUUGCCGUGGAAGCUAUCAACGAAGCGACCGCGAAAGCACCACCGAAAGAAAAUUCUCCGCCGAUCCAACCGAUCGAUGAAAAGACCGUCGAACCGAACGAAAAAACCGACGCCCAAGAAGCUAUCAACGAAGCGAUUGCAGAAGCACCACCGAACGAAAAUUCUCCGCCGAUCCAACCGACCGAUGAAAAGACCGUCGAACCGAACGAAAAGUCCGACGCCCAAGAACCUUCGACGAGCAAAGAAGUUGCCGAAGAAAGUACGUCGUGUCAUCACCGCUGCAAUGUUUUGAAGCACAGCAGCUCCGAGGAUUACGACGAGCGCAGUGACACCGGAACGGUACAGGAUGCACCAGUGGAUUGGUUGAGCUGGAAGGCGAAGAGGAAAUAUCGCAAAAAGGUCACGGCGAACACUCAGCCGGAACGAUAUGGCAAACGCAAAAGUGCAUCUGAUCGUGACGCAUUUUUUGACCGAGUUUCAAGCCAUAUUGAUUCAGAUGACACGGCCGAUAGCCAUGAGCAGAAUCCUGACACGGUUAAUUUGAUUGAUUCCGAUGGCUCUAGUUCGAGCUCUGACGAAAUGGUUUCCAUUAGAGAUAACGAUCUCACAUCAUCAUUUGACGCAAUUGGUUCGCAAUCGCCGCUGAGUGAAUCCAGUCAUGAACGCACAUCUACGAUUGAAAUAAGCGAUGCGCAAACACCACCACAUGAAUCAGAUAGUGAGUCAGUUGAGGAAAUCAGCCCAUGCGAUAGGCGUACAACACAAUCUGAAAGCAACGAUCAUGUCAUUUUAGCGAAGCUGGAUGAAAUUUUCAGCAGAAUUCUGUGCAUUGAAAAAUCACCAUCUACACAACAAACACCCCAUACUCAGUUAACACCGAGUUUAAGUGAAGUGUCUUUGGCAACGCCAACAUCAUAA